AUGGGCGCCGCCUUAUGCACUUGCGGCAGCCGCGACGACCACGGCUUCAGCCGCCUCCGCCUCAAUGGUCUCCAAGCGACUCGCGCGCCUGCUGCCGUCGUGAGCUCCUACGGCGUCUUCCCACACGCGAGUGCCCGCCACAAACCGCAGCAGCAGCAGCAGCAGCAGCUUGUGGACCACGACUCGCUGCUGCUCCGUCGGGGCGAGACGUACGCGCUGUCGGACGACGACGACAACGCCAUCGAGGGGAUGGGCAACAGCUACAGCCGACGGUACGGAACUGCCCAGGCGUAUGCGAACGCGUUCCGAGCCAAGCUGCAGGAGCCCCCUCUAAGUCCCCACAGUAAAUUCACGCUCUUGAGCUCUCGCUACAGCAGUGGCAGCCCCACGGAGAGCAGUCGAGGGGGCGACUCGGGGUGUACCUAUGACGAGAGUGCGAGUGCCGGAGUCGCUGGUCGAAAGAAAGGACGACGACAGCAGGCGCACUUAACGAUGAUGGACGAUGUGGUGAGUGUGGACCACACUAUGUUCGACCUCACUCAGGACCCGGUGGAAGAUGACGAUUGCGUCACAGAAGACGAGUGGAAACAGCGCGCGAACCCAUUGGUGACGAUCAUUGUCCCGCCAGGCCCGUGUGGCCUCGUGCUGCAACUGGACCGCGAGGAGUUGGGCGCGCCUGUCGUGGACGGGUUCGUCCGUCACUACGACGGCAAGAAGAGCACGAUCGAGAACAGUCGACUCGUGCAGAAGGGCAGCGUCUUGUGUGCGAUCAACGACGUGGACGUGACGCGCAUGCCGCUGAAAGAGGUGGUCCGGACGCUCAACGUGUCGUCGCAUCUCGAGCGGACGUUCACGUUUCGCAAUCGGUUCCGGCACCGCAAUGUCAUGUGA